AUGGCGGCUAGGGACCGCUUCGGUGCCUAUGCUGAGCCCGGGUUAUCACCGUUACAGCGAGCAAUCCGAAAUGCUUGCGAUCCACAAAAUUACGAGCCCAAUCUGGCCCUGAACCUCGAAGUUGCGGACUUGGUCAACUCCAAGAAAGGCAAUGCACCCCGAGAAGCCGCUGUCGAGAUCGUCCACCUUAUCAAUGCCCGGAACCAGAACAUCGCGUUGUUGGCGUUGGCGCUCCUCGACAUCUGUGUGAAAAACUGCGGAUACCCCUUCCACCUCCAAAUCAGUACAAAGGAAUUUCUCAAUGAAUUGGUUCGGAGAUUCCCCGAGCGGCCGCCUAUGCGCCCCUCGCGGGUUCAACAUCGCAUCUUGGAGUCGAUUGAGGAGUGGCGCCAGACCAUUUGCCAGACAUCGCGCUACAAGGAGGACCUAGGUUUCAUCAGAGAUAUGCACCGUCUUCUUCUAUACAAGGGCUAUGCAUUCCCAGAAGUUCGCCGUGAAGAUGCGGCGGUGCUGAACCCGAGUGACUUUAUCAAUCAGAACCUUCGUUCGGCUGAGGAGAUGGAGGAGGAAGAAAAGGAGGCACAAUCGGCUAAGCUUCAGGAGCUGAUCCGGAGAGGCACACCUGCGGACCUGCAGGAAGCUAACCGGUUAAUGAAGGUCAUGGCUGGAUAUGACAACCGGCAUAAAACUGAUUACCGUGCAAAGGCUGCAGAAGAAGUUGCCAAGGUGCAGCAGAAGGCUAAGAUUCUGGAGGAGAUGUUGCAGAGCCAGAAACCCGGCGACGGUGUUCCUGAAGGAGAUGUCUUUGAGGAGCUUGCCAAUGCUCUUCAAAGUGCGCAUCCUAAGAUCCAGAAGAUGUGCGAGGAGGAAUCGGAAGACCCUGAAGCUGUUCAUAAGCUGCUGGAAAUCAAUGACAGCAUACACCGCACUAUUGAGCGUUACAAGCUGGUUCGAAAGGGCGACUUCGAUGCGGCAUCGAGAAUUCCCAAGGGCACUCUGGGUACCACGACUGGCGUGUCCAAGAAUGCAAACAAUGAAUUCUCGUUGAUCGACUUUGAUCCCGAGCCAGCCCCGAGUUCCAAUGGCAAUGCCGAGCCGUCAUCCCAGGGUGGGAGUGCAUUGGAAAAUGACCUUCUUGGACUAUCCCUCGGCGAUGAGGGCCCAGUUCUUGGUGGUGGGAUUUCUCUGGGGUCUUCCAGGAUGGGCUUCCCUCCACUACAGACUGGACCAUCUCCGCCUGCGGUCUCUCCUCAACCUUCGCAGCAAGCACCAGCUGCAUUCAAACCGAGCUAUGAUAUUCUCGCAUCUAUGAACUCGUCCCGGCCCAGCUCUCAGUCAUCCACCCCAGCCCCUGGUGUCUCGCCUCAGCCCCGAUCGACUGCAACUCCUCCGCAGGCAGCCGAUCCAUUUGCAGCACUGGUAUCCGCCAGUCCUCAGCCAGCGUCCGGGGCCUUCCAGCCACCCGCGCCAUCCUCGUCAUUGCUUGACUUGGCAGGUGGUGUCAGUCCACCAUCACAGCCGCAGCCGACAGGACAAGCGCCCGCAGCCGAAGAUGACGAGUGGAACUUUGCAUCUUCGCUACCACCGAGCAAUGUCUUGCCUUCCACGAACAAGGUGCUCGUGCUCAACUCGCAGCUCCGCAUCGACUUUGUCGCUCGUCGCGUGCCAAGUGUGCCGCGACAAAUCCACAUUCAAGCUGUCUUCUCUAACACCACCGCCCAGCCUAUUGGGGAACUGCACUUCCAAGUCGCAGUGGAAAAGUCAUACACCCUACAGCUCCGCCCCCAAUCUGGCCGAGAAGUUGCUCCACAGCAGCAGUAUGGCGUGAAGCAGGAGAUGGUCCUGGAUGGCAUCGACAAUGGAAAGGGCAAUUCAGUGAAAAUUCGAUUCAAGGUUUCCUACAGGCUUGGUGCCGAGGCUCGCGAGGAGCAAGGCAUGGUUCCAGCGCUAGGGAUUGCUUGA